UUAACUUUCUUUUGCGUAAUGCAAUGCAGAGAUGGCGUGUUCAUUGUUUUAUCAGCCAACACUGUGCAGUGUGGUUGUCGUUGUUCAUCGAAGCUUGCAAAAAGCGUGUGUUGUACUGGUUGUGCUUGCGAGACGCGCGUCAAGUUAGUGUUCGUUUGCCAUUCUGCUGUUGCGCAAGUGUGAAGAGCCCACGGCGUCAGGUUGUCCGUACUACCAGCUUCGAAGUACACGCCGCUGCGUUCAGCGUCACUAUGGGUGUCAUCCGGCGCCUUCUGCUUCUCAAAAAGAAGCUCCUGCUUCUCAAAUUGCGCGAGCUCGAGGAGAAGAAGAAGAAGAGAAAGAGAAAGCUAUGGGUACACCCUGUAUGGCAACAACGGAGGAACCAAGGAGAAUAUCACACUGCGUUCCAGGUUAUGAGGAAGGACCCACCAAUGUUCUUCAAGUAUUAUAGGAUGUCGCCAGACAAGUUCGAUUUCCUGCACCGGCUCGUCAUGAACGACCUCAUCAGGCAGUUUUUGUGCCGAGAACCACUCUGCUCAGAAGAGAGGUUGGCCAUUACCAUCAGGUACCUCUCUUCAGGAAUGGCCAUAAAGCAAGUCGCAAUGGUUUUUCGAGUGGCACCUACGACUUGUCAGCUGGUCAUUCAUGAGACUUGCAGAGUAUUGUGGAAUCGACUAAAGCCACUUUAUCUGCCUGUGCCAGGACUUGCGCUCUGGCAGGAAGUGGCAGAAGGCUUUGCGAAGCGUUGGAAUUUUCCAAACUGCCUUGGAGCAGUAGAUGGCAAACACAUACAGAUAAAGGCACCUCCAAACUCUGGUAGCAAUUACUACAACUACAAGGGAACAUUCUCCAUUGUGUUGAUGGCAGUGGCUGACGACAGCUACAAGUUCGUAAUGGUAGAUGUCGGGGCUCCAGGCCGGCACAGUGAUGGGGGUGUGUUUAAGGCAACGUCAUUCGGCAAGGGCCUUAUGAAAAAUUGCCUAAACUUGCCAGCCCCAGCACGCCUCCCGAAGAGCAACAAGGUGGCACCUCACGUAUUUGUGGGCGAUGAAGCAUUUCAACUGAGGCAGGAUUUUAUGCGGCCCUACCCUGGAAAAGGACUGCAGCCAAGCCAAAAAGUAUUUAACUAUAGGCUAAGCAGAGCAAGGCGCAUUGUCGAAAAUGCCUUUGGGAUUCUCGUGGCACGAUGGAGAGUACUUCUUGGCCGCCUCAACCUCCUGCCAAGCAUCGCAACACAUGUUGUGCUGGCCUGCUGUGCGCUGCAUAACUUUUUGUGCUCAACGAGCAAGGCUACAUAUUCCCCACCUGGAUAUGUAGACGGGGAAGACUGUUAUGGAAAUGUGAAUCCAGGCCAGUGGAGGAAAGAGGCUCAGGUCAAUGAGCUGUGCGACUUGGAAGGAACUUCGUCAAGAAAUUACACAGUGGAUGCAGCACAGACGCGCAACCUCUUUGCGAAGUACUUCAUGGCAGAAGGUGCUGUGCCAUGGCAGUGGGCACAUACUUACCUUCCGACCCCAUGCAAUGCGUAA